CAAAACAAACAUUGCGUUUACCUAUAAUUUUGUAGGGUUUAGAUGACAAGUGGUGGUGUUUUCUCUAUAUAGUUUUACAAAUUUUAUUUGUAAUUACUAUAUUAUUAUUUUUAUAAUAGCUGUAUCAAAAAUAAAUAAACUAUGGAGAUACCUUCAUUCCAAAAGCCGUCAAAAUCUACAGUUUGUUCAAAACAAACUAAAAAAUGCGUUGAUGAAGAACGUUUUUUUGACUUGGAGGAAGUUACGAUAACACCAGACGAUGUUGAUGAUCCAGCAGUCCAUGUUCAACUUAAAGACUUAUCCACUUACAAAAUUGGACAUUUAAAACAAUGGCUAUUAUAUCGUGGAGAUACAUUGCAAAGUAUUAAUACUCUCAAAGAUGCACAAUUAAGGGUAUUGAGCUAUAUUAAUUUGGGUACAUCAGAAAUAAUUGUCGAUCCUACACCUGAAAAGAAAUGGCUUUUACAAAAAGCAGAAAAAUUAAAAUUAAGAAUCAAACCAUUUAAUGAUGUAAGCGCUUGUGAUAUCAGUUGUCCUGAACUAUUUCAACUAGACCUACUUAAUUUAAAUCAAUCAGACGGUUGGAGCAAAAGUCUUAAAGAUAAACCAAUUUUUACAAUAAAAAAUAUUCUAAAAUACACUGAAGAUAUUAACUUCAAAAUAAUUUCAAAAGCAAAAAUUUAAAAAAAAAAAUUUCAAAGAGGUGAACAGCUUAUUAAAGAAAAAUUUAUUGAUUUAAGUUCUGUAUAUACUAAGCAAAGUGAUAAUUUAUUUGGUGUAAAAGGCAUUUGUGCUGGCAGCUUAAAAAAAAUAGAUAGAUGGUCUAUAACAAUUUUAAACAAGUUAACUGCAGAUAUUAUAUUUAGUUUCUGUCAAUGUCCAGCUGGAAAGUUAGGUACAUGCUCCCAUUCCUAUGCACUCAUGAAGCUUUUAGCAAAAUGGGUGGUAGAGCAAAUCGAUAAGGUACCAGAAGAAAAAGCUUGCACAUCUUUACCAUGUGUCUGGUCUGUACCACAAAGUAGAGGAAGAAUAGAAAAACAAACAAUAAAUGAGAUGCAAAUUAAAUCUCCACCAAGCAAAAAACUGAAGCAAGAUAAAAAAAAUACAACUACUGAAAAUAAAGGGAUUGUAUCUACUUUGCAUUAUGCAUAUGAAUCAUCAAUAGAAGAAAAUAAGGAAAAAAUUUCUAACUUAAUAAACAAAAUCUCAAUUAUUAACCCUAAUUUACAUUUUUUUGGAAUAGUUAAUCAGAAUUACCAAAAUAACAUUGAAACUAAAUUUGGUAUGAUGCCAGAAGGAUCUGUACUUGCCAUUCAUGCACCAAUAAUACAACCAAACUUUAAAGUAUAUUCAAACCUAAGAGAGAUAACAAAUAUGUCUAUAUUCAAUAGUUAUAAAAAUCCAAGUUACCCAUUUAACAACACUGAUUGUAAUCUUGACAAGUAUAUACAAAAAGUCACAGAUUUAAAGGUAUUAAAACUAAUUGAAUUACUAAAAAUUAGUAGUGAUGACAUUAAUCAAAUUGAAAGAUUGACACGUGAUCAAGCUCGUUGUUCACUUUGGUUUGAAAAAAGAAAUAACCGCUUUACAGCAUCAUUGUGCAAUAAAAUAAAAAAUGUAAAGAGUGAAAAGAGACUUAAAACACUAGCAAUACAAUAUUGUAUUUCAAAAAGAUAAAAAUAUUAAAAACAAUAUUGUCCAAAGGAAAAUGAAUCAUGGUAAGUUUUACGAACCAAUAGCGAUUUCCAAUUAUGAAAAAUAUCUUUUGUCUGAGAAUCAUGUUGUGACUAUUGAACCAUGCGGACUAGUAAUUGACAAAAAUAAUUUUAUUCUUGGAGCAACUCCAGAUGGAAAAGUUCAAGUUGAUGGGCUUUUCGGAAUCAUAGAAGUAAAAUGUAGUGAAGAAUAUAAAAAUGUUGACCCCAAAGACAUUUGUUUUAUGUCUAAAAAUGCAUGUAUUAAAUACAAUGAAUUAACUGAAUUGAUCACAAUAAAUGAGGACCAAAGUUAUUAUGACCAAAUACAAAUGCAGCUAGCUUUAACAACUCAAACAUGGUGUGACUUCAUAUUUUAUACCAACAAAGGAAUGGUUAUUGAUCGUGUGCAAUUCAAUAAAGAAAAAUGGGACAAGCUAGAAAAAAAAAUUCUUGAUUUCUAUUUCAUUCACCUUCUAAAAAACCUUGUGGACCAUUCAAAAGAUAACAUAGAAAAUGCUCUAUUUUUGGAAGAAAUUGACAUAAUAAUUGAGUAAAACAAUAUUUCAAAAUAAGUCUUAUUUUUAA